UAUUAUUAUUGCUGUAGUAAUAAUAAUAUUAAUAAUAAUUAUUGUUGUUGUUGUUAUUGUUGGGUUGAAACAGACAGACAUACACUACUUGUUUCUGGCCGGUGUUGAUGCUCCAAGUUACUGAGCUCAGAGUGCCCGCUGUAAUUUGCUGAUAAUCGAUUAUUGAUAGCAGGAUCUUGUGCCAAGUGUACUGUGAUUAUUUAUUUUAAAUUAUUUUUAUUUUAGUAAUGGGUAAUUAUGGUAUCAGUGGUAUUUGAGGUGAGUGAGAGUGAUUAAUUGGGAUGCAGUCGUGCCGAGAAGGAAUGGAGCUUGCAAUGUGUCGGCAGCGGGAAUAAAGGCCGUGGCACACUAGUUUGAGGAAUGGCGUCGACGUGGCGUUGGAAAGAGCGGAAGCACUGCCAUAUCAUUUCGCUCGAGCCUUUGUUCUUUACAAAGGAAACCACAAAAAGGACUGCAGAGAAACUAAAGAAAAUUGUCGUCAGAGGUGCAUGGAACCCAAGUCUGAGGAAGCGGCCAAGCGAAACGGCCCUGUAGCGACUACGGUUCUAGAAAUCAAGAUACUGGACCAGUGAGAAAGGACACUGAUAAAAGAUAAACAAAAGCUCAAAUUAAAGGUGAUUUAAGUUGUCUUGAAAAAAAUAAAAAGAAAAAGAAAAAGAUUUACUGGCAAAGACAAAAGGGCUCACAAUGGGCCCGUUACUUCACGGUGUAACCCACUGAGCGAUGCAAGUAGUUAGGGCCGAGGCCCUGCUAGUGAGCAUGUGGCUCACUAGAGAAUGAAGAAGCAAAACGUCCGGACCCUAUCGUUGAUCGUCUGCACGUUCACCUAUCUCCUUAUCGGCGCUGCGGUAUUUGACGUCCUCGAGUCCGAGACGGAAAACCGGCGCAAAGAAGCGUUAGACGCCAUCGAGAGAAUGGUCAAACGCAAGUACAACAUAAGCGAAGACGACUUCAAAAUAAUGGAAACUGUCGUGCUGAAGACGGAACCACACAAGGCUGGCCAGCAGUGGAAAUUCGCCGGGGCAUUCUAUUAUGCCAUCACGGUCCUCACUACUAUCGGUUACGGGCACUCGACUCCAAAUACGAUAAGCGGUAAGCUGUUCACGAUGUGCUACGCGAUAAUCGGCAUCCCCUUGGGCCUCGUCAUGUUUCAAAGCAUCGGAGAGCGUUUAAAUAAAUUUUCAUCCGUCGUCAUACGCAAAGUCAAACAAAAACUCAACUGCGAGGACGUUCAGGCAUCGGAAAUAAACCUGAUCUUUGUGGUGACAUUUCUCUCAAGUCUGACGAUAACGGGUGGCGCAGCUGCAUUCUCAAAAUACGAAGGCUGGUCUUAUUUUGAUUCUGUGUAUUACUGCUUCAUAACACUGACAACGAUCGGCUUUGGCGACAUGGUCGCGCUACAAAAAGAUAACGCCCUCGACAAUAAACCCGAGUACGUUAUAUUCGCACUUAUAUUUAUUCUAUUUGGACUGGCGAUAGUUGCCGCCUCUCUCAACUUGCUCGUGCUGAGAUUUGUCACGAUGAACACUGAAGACGAGAGGCGAGACGAGGCUGAAGCGCUCCAGGCUGCGCAAGGAGCAGUCAGACUGGAGGGCGAUGUGAUAACUGCCAACGGCUCGAUACUCUCGGGGCAAAUGGGGAAUCAGGGAGACACGAUAUCGCUGGUAGACGAUGCGUCUGUGUGCAGUUGCAGGUGUACUGGUUUUUACAGGAAGCAACGGCGACCGCGGUUCACAGUACGUCGUUCGCCCGGCAAGAUCUCACAUCUGCUGCCUAUGCAGCAGUUUCCGGCCUCGAGUUUUAGGGAUGAUAUUCGUCCGCCGCCUCUCACGCCGCUGCUCCAACUACCGCCAAUUUACCCGCACAGAGCGAGCAUCUGACGACCCCCAUCGGUUAAAACUGUGCCCACACCCGCUCACGUAAUACUGCAGUACCAAAUGACGCGACGAGCGUCUUUUUGAACACAUACUUUAUCCAUUCCCUCUGCUCCCCUCACUACUCUACUCAUAUAUAUUUAAUAUAACUACAUCUACAUCUAUUAUAACACUACUAAUAUUAAUAAUAAUAAUAAUUGAAUAACUAGUGCGAGAAUUAUAUUAAAUAUUAACGAACAAUUAUAAAUAUAUAUAUAAAUAUAAAUAUAUAAUUCAAAUGUGAUACGAAAAUAAAGUAUUGUUGGGAGAAUGCGACAUGUGUCGCUCCAGAGAAAUAUUUCUCAAUCGCGUGCCAUAAACUCUAGCCAAAUUCCAAAGUCUCGAUGAUGAUAAUCAUCAUCAUCGUGGAAACUAACUUGUAGUACCAAUCGAACUAGUUUUGUCGAAACUAAUAAUCAUCUAUUACUAUUAUUAUUAACUUAUUGCCACAAAGAAAAAGAGUAAAUCUUGUUUAAUCUUACCACUAUUUCCUCGCUCAAAAUAUCGAAUAGACACAAACGUUAAUGCGUUAAUCCGAUCCAUGUACUUCCUGUUAGACUCAGACCGACUCCUCUCCUCAGUAGCCCCGUCUGUGUCCUAAAUCACGACAGAUUGCCGAGCCGGUGAUUCGGAGUGUCAUCCUCUAUAAAAUAUGUACAUCAGACUCCUGUUUAAUUAGUCGCGGACACCGAGGCUCGGGAUCUUGGUAAUCUUGUACAAACAAAAACGAAAUAAAUUUAUUAUUAUUUUAUUAAUUAUUUAUUAUUAUUAUUUUAUCAUAGCGAGCAAGUGACCAUGUGUUCCGUAGUGCGAGAAAUAACAAAUGCAUAACAAUAUAUAUAUAAAUAAAUAUAAUAUUUAUAUAUUUACGUUCAAACUUUAAAAAGAAGUAAAAUUUUUCAUUAAGAAUUUUUCAAUUUAUAUGUAUAUAUAAAAUAUAAAUAAUAAAUACAAAAUAGUUUUAGGUGCUACGAGUUGAGGCGACUUUGUGCCUCGAUGUAAAUAUAAAUAAUAAUAAUAAUAAUAAUAAUAAUAAUAAUAAUAAUAAUAAUAAGGGAUGAAAAUACAAUACAAUAAAAAAAAUAAUAAAAAGACACAACGCAGAUGCGGUGACGAAUAAAUUCCGAAUUUUACACUUCUUUAGUUUUAAGGGCUAAAUCAAUAGACUUUGUUGGUAAUAUGUCUCGUUGGCAAAAGUGUAUCUAAUUUAAUCAGAUGAUUUAAAUGUCGAUUUAAAUCACGGGACAAUGAUCCUUUGCCGCGCCAAGACGUUGUAACAAAUAAAAUUUUUAAACGGGUCAAUCAAG